CAACAAUUCACCGUUAUAUGAUAAUGGUGAUGAUGGUAAUAACAACUACGGGGACAAUGACGCUCCCACUUUUAAAGAUCUUAAGCCUGUAGAAGAAGAUAUUCUUAAGCCUGUAGAAGAGGUGGCCAAAAAAGUUGAUUUCGAAUUAGCUUCUAUUGGUCGUUGGGACCUAAUUUCACCGGAUUCUGGAGUAUCGGCUAUGCAUAUUAAUUUGUUGCCUACAAAUAAGAUAAUCAUCAUAGAUGCUCUGAUUUAUCGUGUGUCAAGAAUCAAAUUUCCAGAUGGGGUGCCAUGUGUGCCAUACAAAGAGUUGAGGACACAAGAAGAUAAAGUUGAUUGUUUUGCUCAUUCAGCUGAAUACGAUAUUGAAACAAAUCAAGUUAGACCACUCAAGGUUUGAGAUCCCUGGUGUUCCUCCGGCGGACUUGCACCUGACGGUACACUCGUGAGUACUGGUGGUUUCAUGGAGGGGGAAAAAUCAAUCAGAUACUAUGGUGGCGGUUGCCAAAACUGUGAAUGGAGAGAAUAUGACGGGACAUUGUCUGAAAAUAGAUGGUAUGGAACUCAACAACUUCUUCCAAAUGGAGAAUUCAUGGUGAUAGGAGGACGGAGAUCAUUUAGCUACGAAUUCAUCCCACAAGAAGGACAAAAAAGUGGAAAACCUAACCUUUUUCCAUUCCUAUACGAAACAUCUGACUUAGACGAGAACAACUUGUACCCUUUUGUCCAUCUUGUCCCAGACGGAAACCUCUUCAUCUUUGCAAACAACCGUUCCCUCCUUUUGAACCCCACCACCAACAAAGUAGUACGUACCUUUCCUGUUUUACCUGGCGGCUCGCGUAACUACCCGGCCUCCGGUCAGUCGGCUCUCCUCCCAAUAGACCUCAAUGCUGAAACCACCAAGGCAGAAGUCAUCGUUUGUGGCGGAAACCUCCAUAAUGCUUUCGUGUUAGCGGAACAAAAGAAAAUAUUCCUUCCAGCUCUUCAAGAUUGCAAUAGGUUAACAGUCACCGAACCUAACCCUAAAUGGGAUUCUGAAAUGAUGCCAUCAAGGAGAACCAUGGGAGAUGCUCUUAUCCUCCCAAAUGGAGAACUAUUGUUCAUCAAUGGUGCACAAUACGGUACAUCUGCAUGGUGGGAUGCUGACCAGCCAAAUUACACACCUGUGUUGUAUAAUCCAGAUAAGCCUAAGGGUUUGAGGUUUAAGGCGAUGAUGCCUACUCAAAUUGCAAGAAUGUAUCAUUCAACUUCGGCUGUGCUUCCUAAUGGUAAGAUUUGGGUUAGUGGAAGCAACACACAUGAAACUUAUAAAGAUAAUGAUAAGUAUCCAACUGAGACUAGAGUUGAAGCAUUCUCUCCUCCUUAUUUGGACGAGGCUUUUAAUAAGUAUAGGCCACAAAUUAAUCAAGGUGCAACUAAAAAAGAGUUAAAGUAUGGAAAUACAUUUGAAACAAAUUUUUCAGUGGAAGAUGGGGCUGGGUUGACAGCUAAUGAUAUAAAGGUGACAAUGUAUGCACCACCUUUCACUACUCAUGGUUUCUCCAUGGGUCAGAGGCUUAUAAUUCUCAAGAUCGAUGAGCUCGUUGCACAAGAACCUGGAAGUUACACCGUUAGGAUGGCGGCGCCACCAUCUGGGGCCAUUGCUCCUCCAGGAUACUACUUGCUCUUUGUUGUCCACCGUGGCAUACCUAGCACAGGAACAUGGGUGCGCAUCGAGUAGAAGUAGAAUAACCUCUA